CAGGUAUUUGAUGGUCAUGGAGGACCUGAAGCUGCGACUUAUAUCCAGAAGAAUCUAAUGAGAUUCUUCUUUGAAGAUGUUAGCUUCCCCCAGGGAUCUGAAGUUGAUAAUGUUUUUCUACAAGAGGCAGAGAACUCCCUCAGAAAAUCAUUUCUUUUGGCUGACUUAGCUUUGGCUGAUGAUUGCAGUGUGAGCAACUCAUCAGGGACCACGGCUCUUACUGCCUUCAUAUUUGGAAGGCUUCUAAUGGUGGCCAAUGCUGGCGAUUGCCGAGCAGUUCUCUGUCGUAAAGGAAAGGCAAUUGACAUGUCUCAAGAUCACAGGCCUAUUUAUCCUUCAGAGCGGAGGCGGGUUGAGGAAUUAGGCGGUCGUGUAGAUGAUGGUUAUCUUAAUGGGGUUUUGUCAGUUUCUCGAGCCCUUGGGGACUGGGAUAUGAAGUUUCCUCGUGGUUCUCCCUCGCCUUUGAUUGCGGAGCCUGAGUUUCGUCAAGUGGUUCUGACAGAGGAUGAUGAGUUCCUCAUCAUAGGUUGUGAUGGAAUUUGGGAUGUCAUGACAAGUCAGCAGGCAGUCAACCUUGUUCGUAGAAGCCUGAGGAGGCAUUAUGACCCAGAGCGCUGUGCCAGGGACCUGGUCAUGGAGGCACUACGCCUUAAUACGUUUGAUAAUCUCACAGUGAUUGUUGUGUGCUUCUCUUCUAAUUCUAUUGAUCCCAGGGAGCCAUCCCCUCCUCGUCAGAGGAAAUUGAGGUGCUUUAGCCUUUCUGCAGAGGCGCUUUGUAGCUUGAAGAACUUGUUGGAAGGCAGUGCAAGUAAUUGAAUGUAUAAUAUGCGGCUUAAUCUAAAAAGUGUCUUUUUUUUUUUUGGGGGUAGAAUACUAAUACUUAUGCUGUUUUUGGUUGCUUCAGUUUUGACGGCAGAAAAAGCAGCCUUCCAUUUUGUGGUUGGUUGGUUGAUUUAUGUAUAUAGCCCUGAGGAUGAUAGUGGUGUAAAUACAUGUGUUCUGGAUUACUCGUAUGUUGUAACCAUGGAUCGUUAUAUUCAUAGCAUUAUUCUUGCGUUGAAUAAAAGAAUUGUUUAGAACAUUCUUUUCA